AUGGCUGAGGUGCCAAGAGGGGUGAAGAGUCCGAAGAUAGUCACAAAAUUUGCUGGUGAAGUUGGAGAAUCAACUACUGAACAUGUUGCUCAUUAUUUGGUUGAAAUUGGGAACUUAGCUGAUGAUGAAAAUUUGAAAAUGAAGUUUUUUCUAUCUUCAUUGACGAAAAACCCAUUUACUUGGUUUUCAAAUCUCAGACCAAAUUCGAUCACAAUAUGGAAUCAGUUAGAAACUACUUUUCACACUCAGUUUUAUCGAGGGGAGAUGAAUGUAGCAGUUACUGAUCUUGUGGCUUUGAAACGUGAAGAUGGUGAAACCAUCAAUAAUUAUUUAAUACGUUUCAAAAACGCUAGAAGUAGAUGCUAUGUGUCAUUACCCGAAAGUGAGGUAGUGAAAAUAGCAACUAUGGGGUUAGGAUUUUAUAUGCGCAGAAAACUGCUCAAUGUGCAUAUUCCUGAUUUGGCCCAUUUGGCUGAAAAGGUUCGACAGACCAAACUCAUGAAAAAAGAAAAAGAAAAGUAUAGAAAUGAACAAAGUUCAAAGAGUAAACCCUUUACUCGAAAAGAAAAGGUCGCUUAUGUAACCAUGGAGUCCUCAGAGGAGGAAUUCGACUUUGAAACAGAAGUCGAUUUGGCUGAACUUAAGAAAGGUCCUCCAUAUGUUUGUUCUUUAUUGAAGAAACUUCCAAAUAAACAAUUAAUUCUGCCUGAGGGUAGAACUUUACUUUCUGUGAAAGAUUUAAAAGGAAAGCCUUACUGUAAAUUUCACCAAGCAACAAGUCAUUCGACUAACAGUUGUGUUCGUUUCAGGGACUUGAUUCAAGAAGCGAUAAUGGAAGGACGAUUGAAAUUCGACGAUGGCAAGAAAGAGAUGAAGGUUGAUGUGGAUCCCUUCGAGGUUGAUGCCAGUUAUGUCGAACCUUGUUUUUGA